GCACUGUUAUGACGCCGACUACUUCCUGGUGUGUAAAAGAGCGUGUGAAGUGUAGUCUUGUCACCGAGGGCUGCAGAGGUUGAAGGUUAAAUGCAGUAAGUUGCAGGCUGGACAGAGUGUGCAGACGACCGGCCUCUCCUCAGAGUCUUCUGUCCGAAGAGGGCUCACCGUCUGUUCGGUUGUUAACGUGGAAUGCAGGCAGUCGGUAAAGUCAUGAAGGUUUUCAUAACGAGACGCGUCCCACCGGAGGGGAUGAAGAUCCUGUCAGCUGCUGGAGCGUGUGAGGUGUCUCAGUGGGACUCCGAUGAACCAGUACCGAGGACGGAGCUCCUCAAAGGGGUCCAGGGGGCUCACGGUCUGCUGUGUCUGCUGUCAGACAAGAUCGAUGCUGAGGUUCUGGAUGCUGCAGGGCCAAACCUGAAAGUCAUCAGCACCAUGUCUGUGGGAUUUGACCACAUGGCCCUCGAUGAGAUCAAAAAACGUGGUAUACGUGUUGGAUACACUCCGGACGUCCUGACUGACGCCACGGCAGAACUGACUGUGGCUCUGCUGCUGGCCACCGCACGCAGAUUACCAGAGGGAGUGGAGGAGGUCAAAAAUGGAGGCUGGAGCUCAUGGAAGCCUCUCUGGCUGUGUGGUUAUGGUCUGUCUGGCAGCACCGUAGGAGUCAUUGGACUGGGACGCAUAGGUUUGGCCAUCGCUCAGAGACUCAUGCCCUUUGGAGUGAAGAGGCUGCUGUACACGGGGAGAACAGCCAAAGCCCAGGCUGCUGAGGUGAAUGGAGAGUUUGUUCCUCUGGACACACUUGUGUCUGAGAGCGACUUCAUAGUUGUUUCCUGCUCCCUGACGCCAGAAACCCAGGGCCUGUGUGACAAGGCUUUCUUCAGCAAGAUGAAGAACACAGCAGUCUUCAUCAACUCAAGCAGGGGAGCUGUGGUGAACCAGGAGGAUCUGUACCAGGCUUUGACCAGCGGACAGAUCGCUGCAGCUGGUCUGGACGUCACGACACCUGAGCCACUUCCAACAGACCACCCACUUCUUACACUAAAAAACUGUGUGGUGUUGCCCCACAUCGGUAGUGCCACCUACUCCACAAGAGGCAUCAUGUCGGCACUGGCAGCCCGAAACUUGCUGGGUGGUUUACAGGGCACAGACAUGCCCAGUGAACUCACCUUCUAGAGCCUCAAACUGGGCUGCUGUGCCUACUGCCUGCUCCGGUGCUGGAUGGAUAACAGAGAAGAAUAAUGUCCAGAUGGGAAGAAUACUAACAUAGCUCAGACAUGUUUAGGCACAUUUCAUGUCAGUGUUAGCUGGAGAGAUACAUUCGAUUUUGUUACUUUUAAUGCUGAAUUACACUUUAAAUGUAGAAUCUGUGAUACCAAUUCAACACAAUUGUUGUCUAAUUUAGAGAAUAUGCCCUGAUGGUCCACUAGCUGUGCAUUCUAGUGGCUCAGACUGAUCUACACAACACUAUUCCAGUAUGUUCUGUGUAUGUUUGUACUGGUGCAAAACAUGACAGAUCUAAAUAUGUUAACUAAUUUCAGCAAACUUUCUCCAAAAUUGCAGACUCCACUUUUAAUAGUUCUUGCAAAUGAACAGACUCGCCGCACUCCGUAAACCUGUGUAACUGCCUUCUUAUUCUCAAGUGAAAAACAGCACAAAUCAUUUCUCCUUUGCAUUUUAAAACACUCCUUCAAAAUAGAACCAUCGGUUGCUCAUCUGUCUCAUUCGAAAUGUAACGUUUGCCAUGUUAAACUUCACAGUCUGCACUUCAUUCUGCUGUUAACGCUCCAUGUCUGCUCUUACUGAACAGCUCAACACUCCUUUUUUAUGUCCGAUAUUUCUGAAGAAUAAAAAUAAAGUGUAGUUUAAAAGCACAA